UGGACAAGCGAGGACCGAUAUUUUUUCCCUCUCCCGAGCACUUUAUUUAUUUUUGGGAAGCUCCAAAUAUGAUGUCAAUGAACAGCAAACAGCCACAUUUUGGCAUGCAUCCGACCUUACCUGAACACAAGUACACAUCUCUGCAUUCCAGUUCGGAAGCAAUAAGGAGAGCUUGUCUGCAAACUCCACAGUUGCAGAGCAACAUCUUCGCCAGUCUGGAUGAAACUCUCCUGGCGCGCGCCGAAGCUCUGGCCGCCGUGGAUAUCGCUGUCUCUCAGGGCAAAACCAUCACUUUCAAGCCCGACGUAUCUUACCACACGCUGAACAGUGUGCCAUGCUCUUCGGCCUCCACAGUCCCACUUGCCCAUCACUACCACAGUCACCAUCACCACCACCAGAAUGUAGAACCCUCGGACCUCAUGGACCAUAUCACCUCGCCCUCUCUGGCCCUGAUGACCAGCGGACACGAUGUGGCAGGAAGCGGUGGCGGAGGAGGCGCCGGAGGCUUGAUCUCAACCUCUGCUCACCGUCAUUCACAUAUGCACGGCUUGAGCCACAUUUCCCAUCAGGCUAUGAAUAUAAAUUCAUCUCUCACCCACCAUGGGCUUUUACCCGGGCAUCACGGAGGUGGGCAGAGCACAAUUGGACUUACUAAUAACGGACUUUCCACAAUUAGCGAUUCAGACACGGAGCCAAGGGAGCUGGAGGCCUUUGCAGAGCGAUUCAAGCAACGGAGAAUUAAACUCGGAGUGACCCAAGGGGACGUCGGUUCUGCGCUUGCAAAUCUAAAAAUUCCGGGUGUGGGCUGUCUUAGCCAAAGUACCAUUUGUCGGUUCGAAUCCUUAACUCUUUCACACAAUAAUAUGAUAGCAUUAAAACCUAUCCUUCAAGCUUGGUUGGAAGAGGCUGAGGGGGCCCAGAGAGAGAAAAUGAGCAAACCUGAUAUUUUGAACGGGGGUGAAAAAAAACGAAAGAGGACAUCAAUAGCGGCAGCAGAAAAAAGAUCUUUGGAAGCUUACUUUGCUGUUCAGCCUCGACCGUCAUCAGAGAAGAUUGCAGCGGUAGCAGAAAAACUGGACCUAAAAAAGAACGUGGUGCGAGUGUGGUUUUGCAACCAAAGGCAAAAGCAGAAGCGGUUAAAAUUUUCUGCUGCACAUUAA